AUGGCGUACAAUGGCUACAACUACCCAAGUGCUCCUCCGCCUCCUGCACAGCAACCGCCCUCGCCUUACUACCAGGAGAACGGCCGCUUCUAUGGCACAUACCACCAGGGCCAGUACAUGCUGCCUGUGGAUGAGGACGAGCUGGACAAACUAGACAUCUUUCACAAGUUUUUCUUGGUGACGCGAGACAAGGACUCGUACGGACCUGGCCUGCACCAACACCAGAUCACCGAGGCAAGCCCUCGAAUCCUGGACUUGGGCUGCGGCACGGGCAUCUGGGCCAUUGACAUGGCUGACCGAUUCCACUAUGCCAGGAUUGUGGGACUAGAUCUGAACUAUACUCAGCCGGAGCGUAUCCCCAACACGAUUGAGUUCCGCCGCCAGGAUGUUGAGGAACCGAAUUGGGGCCUGGAGCUAGAUUCGUUUGACCUGGUCCAUCUGCAGAUGAUGGCUGGGAGUAUUAGGGACUGGGCAGCUCUGUACCACAAUGCUUUCCGACAUUUGAAGCCCGGAACAGGGAUGAUCGAGCAUAUUGAAAUCGAUUUCCAGCCUCUGAGCGAUGGGAGUCUCCCAGCGGACGCUAGACUCCUGCAUUGGUACAGCGAGCUCAGUUCAGCUUACGCCCGAGCUGGAAAACCUCUGGCUUUGAACCGCCAGAAUGACGUCGACGUGCUCCUCAGACAGGCCGGGUUCGAUGACAUCCAAUGCUUCACGAGGGACAUCCCAUAUCACCCUUGGCCUGCAGGCGAGAAGGAGAAGGAGAUUGGUCGAUGGUUCAAUCUCGCCAUGGUGCAAGGGCUCCAGGCUAUGACGUUAGCGCCUUUGACACGACAUGCUGGAUACGACAAGACCCAGGUCGACAAACUUGUUGGCGAGGCGAAGAAAGACAUUUUGACCAGAUCCCGCCGGUCAUACUGUAAAAUGCAUAUCUGGACCGCCAAGAGGCCCUUCAAUAAGAGGUACUAG